UUACAGUAUCAUAUUGGAGUUUUAUUCCCGUUUUUCUAGUCUCAAUAAUUAUAACUCGAUAGAAAAAUUUCUAUAACUUUAUAACAAGAUAUAUUUUUAUAUUAAUGUAACCAUGUUAAAAUCCUGAGUACUUCGCAAUGCGUGCCGAUGGGCCUUUUAGUAAUUCUUUACACUUUAAAAGCAAAAAAAAAAACUAAUUUUAACCGGGGUAAGACAAUUAUGUCUAGUUUUCACAGACCAAAAGUUUACCGUUCAUCCACGGGAUGUUGCAUUUGCAAAGCCAAAUCCAGCAGUUCCCGUUUUACUAACAGUAAAAAGUACGAAGAUGACUUUAUAAAAUGUUUUCUACUAGAAGAACAACGUACCGGUGAGAUUUGUAACGCUUGUGUUCUUUUGGUCAAGCGGUUUAAAAAACUACCUCCUGGGUCAACUCGUAAUUGGGCAUAUGUUGUGGAUGGACGUGCAGGCCCUGGUGUAAAAUCAUUGACGAGGUAUAAGUCGAAAAAUAGAAAAAAACUUAAAGAUAGUCCUGAAAAAAUAGUAAAGAAGAAACAUGUUUACGUUAAAUCUGAUUAUCGCGAGCGCAGUCCUGUAAUAAGUGAUGAUUUACAUUUAAAUGAAGACUACUUAAAUGGUACUGAAAGCAAAGGAUCCAGUAGAUCUAGUACUCCAGAGGACUGUGAUAUUGAAAUGACUGAAAGCACAACUGAGAGAGUUUGUACUAACAAUAAUGAUGAUCUUGCUGUUUAUGGUUUUAUUGACACGGAUUAUUUUAAAAGAACUACGAUUUGUUGCGGCGUAAUAUUCAGAGGCCUAUAUAAUGAAGUUAUCGUAGUUCCAGAACUAAUAAAACGUUGUUCAAGUUGCAUUCUGCGACAGCGAAAACGACAACUUGGACAAACAGGAGCAAAUACUGCAAAUAAUAGUCCAUUCCAUAGUUCGGAAUUGGCGAGUCCAGCAUACCGAGCAUCGUCCUCGAGUCCUGCCCAUAGUGUUGACUCAACUACAGAUGCUUCAGCAGGCAAAUCUACAGGUAAAGUGUUCAGUGAUAAUUCAUCGGACUCUGGAUACGAUGAGUCUUCCAAUCAAGAGGUUGGUGAGAGUAAAAUUGCCCAAAACAAUACAAACAAUAGCACAAACAUGACUGAUUCGGGAAAAACAAAUUCAAUAAAACCAAUUGAAAUAAAAGCAACGCCGACAACAGAAACUGUCAGAUUAGUUAAAGUACCAAUUAAAAUAAUAAAACCAGUAGAAAAAUUUACAAACGAAUCAACUCUUGUUUCAUCUAAAAGUCUGACUAGUACAAACGGCCAUUCUCAUGUCGUUAUAAAUAAUCCUCUUGACGAUUUUGCUACUCAUGCAGUAGCAAGACAAUCUGUUGUUAAUUAAUAUCACAUUUAUCCUAGACUUAUUUUAUUUAUUUAUCUUUUUACAAGCUAGGUAAAUGAAUUUUUAUAAACUAAUAACGAUAUUGCUGCAUUUAAAUUAUUGACCAAAAUAACAUUAUUUAAUAAUAAUGGUAUCGUAUCGAUAUUUAAUUGUUGUAGAAAAAAUUAUUCCUAGAAGACGAUGGGUUAUCUAACAAAAAUUUUAUUUACUUUUCGUACAAAAAAAAAAAAAAAAAAAAAAAAAAAAGUUAGGACAAUUGUAGUUAUUAAAUUUAUUUAUUGAGAAAUAUUUAUUUUCAAAACUAUUUAUAUUUUAGGAAUUAAUUAAUUAAUUAUUCCUAAAAUGAGAUUAAAUUUUUUAUGAAAAUAUAAAAUAAAAAAAAAAUGAAAAUUGUAAAUUGUAAAGAAAAUUGAUCAAUUAUAUAAACUAUUUGAUGAAAUACAUCAAAAUACUGUGAUAGUUGUGGUAUAUUGAUAUUAUAUAUUUUACAAAUCUUCAUAUAAUUAUGAAAUUAUUACUAAUGACGUAUAAGUCGUGAAAUUUAAUCUAUUUAUUACGAUACCCAUCAAUUCUUCUAGAAAAAAUAUUAAUAGAAAAAUUUUAAUAUAAAAACAUAUAUUAUUUUUUUUUUAAAUAAAAUUGGUGUCAGUCAUAAAUGAAUGUAAUGUUCUAAGAUGCCAAUGUUUAAUUUUAUUAAUAAGUUCAAGAAUUUAAAUGCGAAACAAAAAAGUUUCUUUGACUAAAUAAAUAUAAAAAAAAAAAAUUAAUACAUUUUGGACUAAUCGCAAUUUCCAUGACGUUAAAAAUUAAUUAACUCAAAUUAAAGUCGUGCUCGGAUAUUUAAUAAAAAGAAAAAAAAAGAGAUACGGUGACCCAAUAAUCUUAUAGCAAUACGUUUAAAAGAAAUUUAUUUCUUUUAUAAAAUAAGCCAAUAUAUAAAAAAAGUCUUCUUUAAUUAAGCACUUGUGUCAGUAUUAAAAACAAUAAAAUUUUGUCAGGACCAAUAAUAAUUUAUAACAUUUUUAAAUAUAUAAGUCAAUGACAUAGUGCAGAAUGGACGAUGCUUGUGAGUUAAAGAACUAAUCGAGUCAAGAAUCAUCGAAUAGCAGACGAUUUUUACUUUUUUACUGUAAAAAAACGAAAAACAAAAAAAAAAAACAUAAUUUUAUAUUAACACGAUAUACAAAGAUUAGUUUUAAUUGUUAUGUGCAAUAUUAAUUCUUUGUAUCUCGACAAACAAAAAAAAAAAAUUAUUAUUUUUUCCCAUAAAAUUUAAAAAAAAAUUAACAAAACGUGAAAUAGAUUUUUAAAAAAGUUCUCUUAAAUUUUUUGACAAUACUUAAUCUUUUAUUAAUUUAAACAGACAAUUUAUAUAAAAUAAUAAACUCGAGUGUCAUUUUGUCAAUCAAACAUCGAAUAGAUGAAUUGUUUAAAGGCAAAGUUUUUUACUUUGCCUUUUAACGAAUUAAUUAAUUUUAAUUGUAUAUUUAAAUUUUAAUUGAUCUCCUGAGAUUAAGUCCAUAAUUUGCAAUUUAAAAAAUGUGUGUUAUAUAAUUGGGUUUUUAUCAUCUUAUAAAAGAUGUUGUGAGACUGCUCUAUUAUUUUAAGCCGAGUACGUAUUUCAAAAUGAAAAUAUAUUAUUUUAUUUUUUUUACUGCAAUACACUAAUUAAAUUUUUAAUUUUAUGCAAUUUAAUUAUUUCUAUUACUAGUAGACUACAUAUUAAUAUUUUUAAUUUAUAAAAUAUCAUUGUUGAUUAAUAAGUAAAACAUUUGUGUGUUUCCACUGCCAGAAAAUUAUAUUAGUAAAGUGAAAGAAAAAAAAAUGCGAGAUGUAUAUGAAAG